UAUGCAGAUUAAAACCACAUUGAUUUCAGCCCGAUAUAGCUUUCUUUCCUGAUCCCAAUCCGCUCACUAUUUCAUUUAUACCCUGCUUACAACUUAAACGGGGGUAUUUUGAUAUCCCAAAAUGACCCACGAUAUUCUCCUCACAACCGCAUCAGGCAUCGUCCGCAUAGUUCUCAAAAUCUACUUUACUGUCUUGCUGCUUCUCGUCGCCGUCUUAGGCAAUAGCCUCUGUGCUCUUCGCGCUCGUUGGCAACUUGCUCGUGAUGGCCAAAUCCCUCUUGUCAAAUUAACUAGCUGGCUCAAUUGGUCCCAAGCGCUCUUGUUGACUUGGUCCCUCCGCUCGAAUGCGCUCGGUUUCUUUGGCAUUGUUAUGGUAUUCACCGGCAUACUGUCCAAGGCCUCGGAUCUCGUUGUCCUCGGUCUGGUCAACGAAGUCAUGAUCGAGACGAGAUGCCCCUUCAAUACCAGCACCGACUUUCUGGUGCUAGCAAGCGAGUAUUAUCGCAAGUCUUAUAGCGCUCCUGACCCGGAGGGUUCGUUCUACAACCUCGUUACCCAGGCACAAAUCAACAGCGUACGCAACGGCGGUCUGAAUGCCAUCUACGACAAGGUCAACACAAAUAUCAAUUUUCGAGCAAGCCCGGAGGACGUCGUGGCCAACUGGACGUGCAGCGAACUCGGCGAUCCAUCUACACCUCCGGUAUAUGACGCCUCCACGACGUACCAGAACAUCAGCACCGAUCUCGCGACCAGGAACCUAAUAUUCACCGGCGUAAACAACGCCUAUCGUUCCUGCUUCCGUACCUACGGCUCGGACCCGAGAAUCAAUCAACUAGUCAUCAUCACGGCUAACAACACGCAAGAAACGGACGGAACGUUCAGCAUCCGCGCCUCCUUUGACACAACACCCUCGUACACGGAUGCUAAGGCCAUGCGAAGCUUCGAAUGCAACCUAGGACCGCAAAACCAGACGUGGAUGCAAACACACAUUGGCGUCGAGAGCACACUGACCAGCUGGUGCAGCCUGCUUCGCGGUGAUAUGUACGACGGCUAUAGCACUAACAAAACCUUCACUCUGGCGCCCGAGACCCGCUUUGAGAGCUUUCUACACAGCAUGAUAAUGAGUGCGAAUUCGCUCAUGAGCCCGAACGCGAGUAGGAUACAUGACGACACGCAGGGCUGCAUGGAUGGACGGACAGUUGUGCCCUAGCCUGUCACGCUACUGCUCGCGGUCGUGACGGCCUUCU